CCUUGUCGAAGCAAGGUGGAGGAAGAAGAAGAAGAAGAAGAUAUUGAGGCGUGAGAAAGAGUGUGUCGGAGCAUGUCGAGCGGCUUGAGGAUGGAGGAGACCGAGCUGCGCCUGGGCUUGCCAGGCGGAGGAGGCGGAGGAGGAGGAGGAGGAGGGGAAGUCGAGAGCGGCAAGAACUCCGGCAAGAGGGGGUUUGUGGAGAUCGUGGAUCUCAAGCUCCAGCUUCAGACCCCGGUCGGCGUGCAGGAAGCGGCGGCGGAGGCCGCAGAGAAAGUGAAGCGAUCGCCGAACGACGACAGCAUCGUUUCCUGUGGCAGUGACCCUGAGAAGCCAUCCCCUCCCAAGGCACAGGUUGUGGGGUGGCCACCGGUCCGAUCGUUCAGGAAGAACAUCCUCUCUGUCCACUCUGAGAAGGGAAGGAAGGAGGAGGGUGAGAAGUCGAGCAGCUUAGCUGCUCUUGUGAAGGUGAGCAUGGAUGGUGCCCCGUACCUGCGCAAGGUGGACCUGAAGACGCACCGAAGCUACCAGGAGCUGUUCGUGGCGCUGCAGAAGAUGUUCGACUCCUUCACUACUGGAGAUUAUGGCUCUCAGGGAAUGAGCGGAAGAGACUUCAUGAAUGAGAGGAAGGUGAAGGAUCUUCUGCAUGGAUCUGAGUAUGUGCCAACAUAUGAAGACAAGGAUGGUGACUGGAUGCUUGUAGGGGAUGUUCCAUGGGAGAUGUUUGUAGCUUCAUGCAAGCGUUUGAGCAUAAUGAAGGGAUCAGAAGCCAUUGGACUUGCACCAAGAGCCAUGGAGAAGUGCAAGAACAAGUGCUGAAUACAACAUAUCUCUCUCUCUCUCUCUGUCUCUGGUCAUCUGCAUGUAUAUUGUGAUAUCAUAAACGCUAAUAUAUGUUUGUUUGUACAUUUCUUUUCUUUUCUUUUCUUUUUUGUGUAUGGAGAGACAGCAAUAUCACUGCAAGAUUGCUGUCUCCUGGUGUGCUCAAUGAACUGUACCACAUAAUACUACUUUGUGCAGUGUUUGGUUUGUUCAUUGAAUCAAAGUAUGGAACGAAUAAAUGAGAUUCUCUUUCAAAUUGGAUUA